AUGGUGCAUCCGUAUCUCACACAACCAGACCGCGGUACAUAUGAAAUGCUAUGGAACCGCUAUCAGCCUACCAUCAUGGACAACCAACAGAAAUUCAACAGCCUCCCUCUCUCAUCUGUCCGCUCGCAUUUUGAAGAAUGGGCCGAGCAGCAGGAUAUUAAUCGUGUCCUCAGCUCUCAGAGACGCGCUUGCUUGGUGAUUGAUGACGAGGUGAUAGACGCGCUGGCUGAUGCGAGGCCUUGGAUAGCAGGUGGCAUGGAUGACGUUCUGGACUUUCACCAAAACAGCCUAAGGUGGUGGGUGAAGGUUGUGGAAGCAUGGCCUGAUCUAGAGGAAACCUAUGAUGAUUAUGAUGGAUCUAUGAAGGCGUCGAUAUUUGCGCUGUGGAGGCUGUGGAAGGAUAUUAAGGACCCUGAGCCCACGAUGGCUAGCCUUCCUAGAAACGAAGAGAAUGGGGCUUGA